GCGUCCCGCCGCGCCCCCCGGCCCCGGCCCCGGCCCCGGCCCCGGCUGCAGCCCCGGGCUCGGCCUCCCGCGGGCCCCUGCCCGCCCGCAUCGGCUACUACGAGAUCGACCGCACCAUCGGCAAGGGCAACUUCGCCGUGGUCAAGCGCGCCACGCACCUGGUCACCAAGGCCAAGGUUGCUAUCAAGAUCAUAGAUAAGACCCAAUUGGAUGAAGAAAACUUGAAGAAGAUUUUCCGGGAAGUUCAAAUCAUGAAGAUGCUCUGCCACCCACACAUCAUCAGGCUUUACCAGGUUAUGGAGACCGAUAGGAUGAUUUAUCUGGUGACCGAAUACGCUAGUGGCGGGGAGAUAUUUGACCACUUGGUGGCUCACGGCAGGAUGGCGGAGAAGGAGGCCCGGCGGAAGUUCAAGCAGAUCGUCACAGCCGUCUACUUCUGUCACUGUCAGAACAUCGUUCAUCGUGAUCUCAAGGCUGAAAAUUUGCUUCUGGAUGCCAAUCUCAAUAUCAAAAUAGCAGAUUUUGGCUUCAGUAACCUCUUCACCCCUGGGCAGUUGCUGAAGACUUGGUGUGGCAGCCCCCCAUAUGCUGCACCCGAGCUCUUUGAGGGCAAGGAGUACGACGGCCCCAAGGUGGACAUCUGGAGCCUGGGCGUCGUCCUCUAUGUGCUCGUGUGUGGGGCCCUGCCAUUCGAUGGGAGCACACUGCAGAACCUUCGGGCUCGGGUGUUGAGUGGCAAGUUCCGCAUCCCCUUCUUCAUGUCCACAGAGUGUGAACAUUUGAUCCGCCACAUGCUGGUGUUGGACCCUGAGAAGCGCCUCUCCAUGGAGCAGAUCUGCAAGCACAAGUGGAUGAAACUCGGGGACACUGACCCCAAUUUUGACAGGCUGAUAGCUGAGUGCCACCAGCUGAAGACAGAACGGAAGACGGAGCCUCUGAAUGAGGACGUACUCUUGGCCAUGGAGGACAUGGGCCUGGACAAGGAGCGGACCCUGCAGUCGUUGCAGUCUGAGGCUUACGACCAUUACAGCGCCAUCUACAGCCUGCUGUGCGACCGCCACAGGAAGCACAAGACCCUGCGCGUGGGUGCCCUGCCCAGUGUGCCCCGGGCUAUGGCCUUCCAGGCCCCCGUCAAUUUGCAGGCGGAGCAGGCUGGCACCACCAUCAACCUCAGCGUUCCGCAAGUGCAGCUCAUCAACCCAGAAAACCAAAUCGUGGAGCCGGACAGCGCCGUGAAUUUGGACAGUGAUGAGGGUGAAGAGCCUUCUCCCGAAGCCCUGGUUCGCUACCUGUCCAUGAGGAGGCACACGGUGGGGGUGGCCGACCCGCGCACUGAAGUCAUGGAAGAGCUGCAUAAGUUGCUUCCUGGUUUCCCAGGGACCAGCCCACAGACGCCCUUCCUGCAGGUGACCCCCAACAUGAACUUCGUGCACAGUCUGCUGCCUGUGCAGAAUCUGCAGCCCAGGGGGCAGCUGGAGUACAAGGAGCAGUCACUGCUCCAGCCGCCCACCCUGCAGCUGCUGAAUGGAAUGGGCCCCCUUGGACGGAGGGCAUCGGAUGGUGGUGCCAACAUCCAGCUACAUGCCCAGCAGCUGCUGAAGCGCCCACGGGGACCCUCCCCUCUGGUCACCAUGACACCCGCAGUGCCAGCUGUCACCCCUGUGGACGAGGAGAGUUCGGAUGGGGAGCCAGACCAGGAAGCUGUGCAGAGGUACUUGGCAAAUAGGUCCAAAAGACAUACACUGGCCAUGACCAGCCCUACAGCUGAGAUCCCGCCGGACCUACAGCGGCAGCUGGGACAGCAGCCUUUCCGUUCCCGGGUCUGGCCCGAGCAACAUCGUUCCUCCUACAAGGACUCCAACACUUUGCACCUCCCCACCGAGCGCUUCUCACCCGUGCGCCGAUUCUCAGAUGGGGCUGCGAGCAUCCAGGCCUUCAAAGCCCACCUGGAGAAAAUGGGCAACAACAGCAGCAUCAAACAACUACAACAGGAGUGUGAGCAGCUGCAGAAGAUGUACGGGGGGCAGAUGGACGAGCGGACCCGAGAGCAGACCCAGCAACAGCAUCUGCUGUACCAGCAGGAGCAGCACCACCAGAGUCUCCAGCAGCAGAUUCAGGAUUCUAUCUGCCCUCCUCAGCCUUCUCCACCUCUCCAGGCUUCAGGUGAAAAUCAGCCGGCCCUGCUCACUCACCAGCUCCAGAGGUUACGGAUUCAGCCUUCCAGCCCGCCCCCCAAUCACCCUAGCAACCAUCUCUUCCGGCAACCCAAUAACAGCCCUCCCCCCAUGAGUGGCACCCUGAUCCCACCUCAUGGUCCCACCGCCUCCUCACAGUACCCAGGUCUCUCCUCCCGCUUCCAGCAGCAGCCAGACACCGGCUCCCCACCUCCAGGUGUGGCGCUCACCUGCUUGGGCCCGCAGCAGCAGGUGACCAUCCAGGUGCAGGAGCCCGUGGACAUGCUCAGCAGUCUGCCAGGCAGCGGAGCAGGUGCUGCCAGGCGGGGCCUGUCCAUCAGCCCUGCUACCAGCCAGAUGGCAGGGCCGCACCGGAGCAGCCUGAUGGCCUCCUUCAGCUAUGGCCACCGGCCCCUGUCCAAGCAGCUGAGCGCCGACAGCGCCGAUGCCCACAGCUUGAACGGGCAUCGGUUCUCCCCUGCUAACUACGACCAGGCGCAGUUACACCCCCAUCUGUUUUUGGACCAGCCCCGGGGUUCCCCCAGCAGCUGCAGUCCUUCAACAGGAACGGGGUUCCCUCCGGCCCAAGCCCUGACAGUCCCUCCGCUUGACCAAUUCCCCACCUUCCCCUCCAGUACGCACCAGCAGCCACCACUCUAUACCACGUCAGCACUACAGCAAGCCCUGCUGUCCCCCACGCCGUCCGACUACAGCAGACACCAGCAGAUCCCCCCCAUCCUUCAAGGACUGCUCUCCCCCCGGCACUCGCUCACUGGCCACUCGGACAUCCGCCUGCCUCCUUCAGAAUUUGCCCCGCUCCUGAAACGACAGCAGCAGCAGCAGCAGCAGCAACAGCAACAGCAACAGCAGCAGCAGCACCAAGAAUACCAGGACUUGUUCCGGCACAUGAACCAGGGGGAUGCGGGGAGUCUAGCUUCCAGCCUUGGGGGACAGACACUGGCAGAGCGCCAGGCUCUGUCAUACCAGAACGCUGACUCGUACCACCACCACCACCACCAUCACCACCACCACCACCACACCAGCCCCCAGCACCUUCUUCACAUCCGGGCACAGGAAUGUCUGUCCCAGGUGCCCUCGCCGCCCGUCCUCCUGCCCUCUGAGAGCAUGGAGGAGGAGUGUUCCUGCCAGGGCGCCCAGGAUGCCUUUCCUGAGCGGAAGAGCCCCAGCUCGCUGGCCAAGGGUGGCCACCACAGCCCCCUGCUCUUGAGCACAGGCGGACCCGGGGACCCCGAGUCUUUGCUGGGAACUGUGAAUCAUGCCCAGGAAGUGGGCAUCCAUCUUUACCGGCACCAGCCAGCUGCUGCCUUCAGUAGAAAUAAGGUGUCCAGCCGAGAGUCCAUCCUGGGGGACUGCAUGGAGAGAAGAGCCCCGGGCCAAGCCAUGGAGCUGCCAGAGCCUGACCGGCCGGGCUACCCCAGCGAGUCGCACCGGCCCCGAGCACUGCAGAGACACCACACGAUCCAGAGCAGCGACGACGCCUAUGUGCAGCUGGAGACGCUGUCGGGAAUGAGCCUUGUAGCAGGGAAGGCACUGAGCUCAGCCCGCAUGGCGGAUGCGGUCCUCAGCCAGUCCUCACUGAUGGGGAGCCAGCAGUUCCAGGAUGGGGACAGUGCGGAAUAUGGGGAGCACCGUGGAGGCCCGGAGGCCCUGGACCUGCCCGAGGACAGCCAGCACCUAAAUCCCGCCUGCUACCCUUCCACGUGCCUCACAGGCAUCCUGCUCAGCUAUAAGCACCCCGAGGUCUCCUUCAGCAUGGAGCAGGCUGGCGUCUAGCAAGAACCAGAGUGUGUGUACAGCUCGGAACAGAAGGGUCGACUGGAAACAAACAGUAUCUAGCCGCGUUGCGCCAAAAUGCCACCAAGUUUCUCUCUACCCAUAGGCCUCCUCCUUCACCGCCGGCUCCUUGUGUUCUGUUCUUUAGGGUUUCGAGGGGGAUUUUGCCCAGGAAAUAAACAGCAAAUCCACUCUGGC